AGCAAGUCUGGCACUGCCUCACAGACCUUCCUCAGAGCCACUGUCAGACAAGCAGGGAAUCUUGUUUGCCCUCCGCCUCCUUAGCUUCUUCUGGUUGGACUCAGACCCGCCCUGGGGGAGCCUGGAGAUUUGAAAAUGAACACCACGGAUGUAGCAGACACUACCAUGGAUGACAGCAUCUAUAACAAUUACUAUCUCUAUGUAAAUAUCCCCGAGCCUUGCACCAAAAAAGGCAUCAAAGCCUUUGGGGGGAUCUUCCUGCCCCCGCUCUACUCCUUGGUCUUUCUGUUUGGUCUGCUGGGAAACUCCAUGGUGGUGCUGGUCCUGUUCAAGUACAAGCGGCUCAGGUCCAUGACAGACGUGUACCUGCUCAACCUGGCCAUCUCGGACCUGCUCUUCGUGCUCUGCCUCCCUUUCUGGGGCUACUAUGCGGCGGACCAGUGGGUUUUUGGACUCAGUCUCUGCAAGAUUAUUUCCUGGAUGUACCUGGUGGGCUUCUACAGUGGCAUAUUCUUCAUCAUGCUCAUGAGCAUAGACAGAUACCUGGCCAUUGUGCACGCGGUGUUUUCCCUGAGGGCCAGGACCGUGACUUAUGGGGUCAUCACCAGCUUGGUCACGUGGGCAGUGGCUGUAUUUGUCUCCCUGCCAGGGCUUUUAUUCAGCACUUGUUACACAGAGGAGGGGCGUACCUACUGCAAAACCAAGUACACGCGCAACGCCACUCGGUGGAAGGUUCUGAGCUCCCUGGAGAUCAACAUUCUAGGGCUGGUGAUCCCCUUAGGGAUCAUGCUUUUUUGCUACUCCAUGAUCAUCAGGACCCUGCAGCACUGUAAAAACGAGAAGAAGAACAAGGCGGUGAAGAUGAUCUUUGCUGUGGUGGUCCUCUUCCUGGGGUUCUGGACACCGUACAACGUGGUGCUCUUCCUGGAGACUCUGGUGGACCUAGAGGUCAUCCAGGACUGCACCUUUGAAAGACACCUGGACUAUGCCCUUCAGGCCACAGAGACCCUGGCUUUUGUCCACUGCUGCCUUAACCCAGUCAUCUACUUUUUCCUGGGGGAGAAAUUUCGCAAGUACAUCAUCCAGCUCUUCAAAAUGUGCGGGGGCUCUUCCGUGCUCUGCCAGUACUGUAGGCUCCUCCAGAUCUACUUCCCCGACCCCUCCAGCUCAUCUUACUCACAGUCCACGGUGGAUCACGACCUCCACGAUGCUCUGUAAAAAACGGGAAUGCCAAAAACGGAGUCAGUAAGCUUCCCAAAUGAAGAGCUUACUUAAAAUUGUGUUAUAGUAAGAGUUCCCUGAGCCAGGAAGCGUCAGGGAGAAGACGUACACCCACUGCAGUAAGCCAGAGGGGCUUCUCACCCUGCAAUCAUUCUGCUUUCCUCUGCCGCGCACAGGUUCACUGCAGCGAGAGCUCACCUGGGCCGACGUGUCCUUCCCCGCCCCAGGCUGGCCGCUGUGAUAAGGAAACCCGAGGGGAACUCUGAGCAGCUUUUCAAAGACGUUAGGAAUCAUUCUGGAAGGGGAAGACCAUUUGCUUCUAAUCGGACAGAUGGGGUUCUCCUGAGGAAGUAGAAGAGAAUUGGUGGAAUAAAUUGCUACUUCCUGCUGGAAAAAUGGGCUCUUUAAUUUCUAGCUUUCACGGAACAGUAUAGAAAGCUUUGACAUGCUGUCCCCGGGUUUUUUCUAAUACUAUAUCUGCAGCCAGGUGUAUGCAGAAAUGAAUGGUGAAGUCAUGAACUUAGAUCUGAUUUUUUGAAUGUAAGUGAUUAUUCGUUAAUGAAAGCCAAACUUUGCAUGCUGAUUCCAAAUAUGAGGAUAUGGAGACAUUAGUAUGCUCUGACUCCCAAACACAAAAUUCAAGGCAUUAAAAAAAUCCAAACAUGCUUGUGGAUAUCCGAAUACUUUGUUUUAAUUAUAAGAGAUGAAUAUUGAAAAUUUUUAAAAAAUCACAUAGUCCCUGAUACAUUUAUUUGCAGUCUUUUACCUAUUGACAAAGUAACAAUAACAAAGACACCUAGAGUGUGACAAUGCCCCCCUUUGUUCCUUUGAAGCGCCCGCCAGCAAGGGAGGUGAGAAUAAUCAGCGAAAACGUUAUUGUUGACGUGACAUAAAAAUGACUCAAAAUGAUGAAAUUGUGAAGUGUCAUCCUCUCUUUUAAAACAUUGGCCCCGGUCUUUAACUUUGGCGUGACUCAAAAAUCCAGUCAUUUUUACUCAUGUAAUUAAUCAUUUUACACCAUAAAGAUCGUUCUUGCAGCCUUAAUUCAUCAGUUAGGUAAAGGCUUGAACAAAGUCUGGGGCUCAGUUGUGAAACUGGGACACUUAUCACCGCUCCAAAAACAAAAGCCUAUCUUGCAAAAAAAGCCUACCUUGCCAUUGACUGAGCAACCAUUCAAACUGCUUCUGUAAAUUUACACAUUAGUGCAUGCUCUACAUGGAAAAAGAAUGCAUUUCCAAAAAAUUUCUUUUCAGAAAAGUGAUUUGAAAAGGGUACGUUGAUGUUGCCUUCAUAGGAAAAAUAUAAAAUAAAUGUGUGUAU